UGUGCCACCCACACCCACGGCUUGUCCCGGUAAGUGUGAAGCGAAGCCUGGCGAUACCUACCGUCGCCAUCUCAACUACCCCCGUACAAAGCCGACGACCGCCCUCGCCAAACGCCAGAAAACGACGACCAGCCAUCGUACAGGGCAGACAACCUACUGCGCUAGUUCUGUCGAGCCACAGAGCCACAAUGCCAAGUACACUAAUGUACGACAGUCUGUGGCAUCCAAUCGCUCCUCUGAGAACUCUGGAGGAUUGACCUUGUAAAUGAAAAAAUGAAACGAAGCGUUCCUUCUUCGCUUCCUCAACAUACAUUAUACAUCUCAGAGACUCAUCAUUGAAGCUUCGCUUCAAUAAUCAUGCCUUCCAUCGAAGGUGAAUGGUCCGGGUCCUUUUCCUACCCUGACGGGACCAAGAGGGACUGGAGCUUCACACUCGAGGAAACCACCGACAACACCAUCUUCAGGGGCACUGGGACCGAGUCCCGUGGUGAUUUCAAUAUCACCGCAUGCCAGACCAUCCCCGCCGACGGCGGAAGUACCUUCAAUUUCGUCCAGAUCUACGAGUCCAUCUGGGUCGGUCAGGUCUGGACCUACCGUGGCACUCUCUCCGACGACGGCAACACCCUGAGCGGCGAGUGGUACGGCUCUCCCGUGGACGGACGCAGCCGGGUCGGCCCCUUCACCGGCCGGGUCGCCCCCUGGACCGUCAUGCGAGGUCCCAUUUCCCCCUUGGCCGGCAGCUGGAGCGGCGAAUUCUCAUAUCCCGACGGGACUUCCAAGAGCCUGACCCUCAACAUUCCGGCCUUCACCGUCGGCGCCAAGUUCAAAGGCACCGGCACCGAAGGCAGCGGCGCGGCAUUCAGCAUCGAGGGCACCGGGGUGAUGAACGUGACAUCUGCCAAGGGCGGGUUCUCGUGGACCCAGACGUUCGAUUCGCCGUGCGAUGGCCAGGUUUGGUUCUGUGAUGGGGUGCUGAACGCGGACGGGAACGAGAUCAAGGGCAGCUGGCACGAUUCUAGCAACGAUAGCAGACAGAGGUCCGCAGGUUUCGUCUUGAAGCGUGCUUGAAGCUGGAUAUCACUCCAAACCUCUUUCUCUGCCAAUGUAGCAGCCC